GGCAAUGAAACAGCUGUUUUUUUGAAUGAUGAGACAUCUAGCGGAAUAUGUAAAAGUAUACAAUCUCACAUUCACAUGCGGUAGCAACGAAUGAACAAGAUGUAUAAUACGAAAUCGAUCACAUUUAUUGUACUUGGAAGAACUGAUCAAGGAACUAUGGCAGCUAGUUGUGGAACAAAAAAGCAGAAGUUGAAUAAUUCCAGAAGCACGCCGCGUAAUAAUACUGUAAGUUUACAAAAUGGUAUGCGUGUGCGGAACUCGAUAAUAGUUCAACCUGAGAUGGGUUUUUAUUGUUUCGAUGUCCUCUACUGCCAACUGCACCAACUUGAUCCACCAAGAUCACCCAACUUCAGUAAUGAAGCUUUCCCUUUAUUUGUAACAUGGACUAUUGGGAAAGAUAUGAGACUAAGAGGUUGCAUUGGUACCUUCAAUGCCAUGCAUUUGCAUAUGGGAUUACGAGAAUAUGCUACUACCAGUGCUUUUAAGGAUUCAAGGUUUAAUCCAAUAACAUUGGAAGAACUUCCACGAUUACAUGUAAGUGUUUCUAUACUUCGACAUUUUGAAGAUGGAGCAGAUUAUUUAGAUUGGAUAAUAGGAGUUCAUGGAAUUCGUAUAGAAUUUCAUAAUGAAAAGGGUAAUAAAAGAACUGCUACAUAUUUACCCGAUGUAGCGAUAGAACAAGGAUGGAACCAAAUUGAAACGAUAGAUUCUUUGCUGCAUAAAGGAGGCUAUAAAGGGUUAGUUACUCCUGAUAUUAGACGUAGUUUGAAGUUAACUCGAUACCAGAGUGAAAAAGUGACUGUGAGUUAUCAAGAAUAUAUGACAUAUUGGCAAGGUCGAAGAUGCUAGCAGCUGCCCUGGGGUUCUAUUAAAGAACUCCUUAUUCAUUACAUACCUGGCAAUAUUUGUUAUUUAAAUACAUUUAAUUAUUGUUUGCAAUA